UUUUUAGCUCGAAAAAAUUGCAUAUAUAUAAUCGUAUGUAAUUAAAUAAAUUUAUACUUAAUUGUACAUAAUUAUAGCUAUAAUAAUGAUAAAUGAAGAAUUUUUUACCGGGACCUGUUCAAGAUUGUCACAGUUUUGAUGUUCUGACAACACGUGUUGUACCAUUCGUCCAACAGCUCGUUGUCGCCGACGACAAGCGGUGGAGCGAGGGAUAUUUUCAUCAGUAAACAAAAAACGUUUGUAGCGUUUCAUUUUCGCGCAAUUGCCUUGAUUGACAACGAUUCUUCUUUAAUUGAUCGAUAAUAAAUGCGUGCGUUACGGCAGCUACGUUUGUGAUUUGUCGCUUGACUUGCGAUUUAUAAAGCGUUGGCAAACAUUUGGUAAAAGUUUUCUGAGCGUUUAUAAACGCUCUCAAAGCGCUUUCAAACGUUGUAAGAACACUUACACAACGCUUUUGGGUUAUAAACGCUUUUGGAACGUUUAUCAAAUACUAUAUAAAACGUUUUGUUAAAAUUCUGCAACGCUGAGGCAACGCUUUUCAGUGUUCUGUGCAUCGAUGCGACGUGUGCGGUGAUUGGCGGAUCAACAUGACAACGCCACUGAGACCGGCACCGGCCUGACCUGACCGGUCGGCAGUCGUUGAUUGUAUCGGCAUCAAUGCCAUUGAACACGUGUGGUACCACGUUUCGUUUGCGUUAUAAUUACCUUUACAGUUCCCAGUAAAGUAAUGACUCUAAUUGACAAUUCUGGGUGGUACGCGCUGGUUAAAUAUAAAAGUGGUAAUGAAACAGAGGUACUGCCAAUACAGAAUAUAACAUUAAAAAUCAGAAAAGGUGAACGAGUAUUAUUUAAUCCAAAGUCCUUAACGGACUUCGAUAGAAUAAAAUUUUAUACCGUUCACACCACACACGGCAGCAAGGACGAGAGAGAACACAAGUGGUAUGCCCACAUCGGCUUGCUUGCUGAAACUCGAGAGGCAUUGGAAAGUGCUAUGGAUAUGAAAAGAAUAAGCUGGCCCAAUGUAUUGAAUGAAGAUCAAUCAGAACCGAACAGUACUGAUACUGAUAAUGUUGUGUUAGAAGGAGGUAAUCUAACUGUCACCAGCAAUCGUGAUUUAAAUAAAAAUAAAAAAAUGACAAAAAAACAAGCUACCGAUGCAAUCCAUGCCCAAUUAUUAGCAUCGAGGAAUCUGUAUCAAAGUUGUACAACUCGUGCACCAGUCACUGCAGAUGACGAUAUUACACGUUUGCUGCGAGAAAAUGCAGAAUUAAAAUCUGCAUUGCAAGCAGAAAAGGAGAAAAGUAUAUCAUCAGGAGAAGUGAGGGAGGAUCAGAACAUUGUUUUUGCAGAAUGUUUGCAAAGAAUUGAAGCUGCAGUAGGAAAAAUGCAAGACCAAUUUCAAAAGCAAUUGGAGGCGAACAUGGAGAAAUUAACGGAAUUAGAAAAAAAAAUAGAAAACUUGAUGAGUAAGUUCUCACAACCUUAUUCACAAUAUGUGGAACAUUGGUUGAACAGUUUACCAGAAAAUGAAAAUAUUGAAUAUAUACCAUGUUAAUAUUAUGUUCUUAUGUCUUUAAGCAAUUAACGCACAAUAACUGUCUUAUAUCUCAUGUGUUAGUGUCAAUAUCAAAGAUGACAAAAAAGGCAAAAAAUAAA